AUGAAUAAUACAGCGGAGUAUAUAAACACCCUUUUAAUCCACCUUGUCUUCAAAAUUUCGUCGAAAACACAGGCCACCGUCUUUUGCGCAAAAAAUGCGGCACUAACGAAUGAGUCCGUCAAACACUUUUUGGGCUUUGUUCAGCAAUACUAUGAAGUCCCACAGAGAGAAAUAGACAGAGCACUAAAGGCAUUCACACAAACGUCACCUGCAGAGCUCCAAUUUCUCUGUGAAGACUCACAAAACUUGUUUCUCGAGUUAUUAAAAGCGGACGAAGGGCUGAUGAGGAGGAACGUGAUGAGUAACGUGUCGCGCUUUAAAAACAGCGACGCGAUAGAAAAUAUUUGUAAACACGAGAAGAUCGAAACGGAGUUGGAAACGCAAAAGAAGCGGAUAACAAACAUCCAAAAGGGGAUGAGUAUCAUGAAACAAGAAGUGAUUAAAACACAGAUGAGCGUGAGAUAUACCAACUCAACUGCUCCGUUCGAAGGAGAUGCGAAAAUACUUCAAAAAGUGAAUAGUUCAAAAAAUGUGACAACAAAUGAUACCGAAAGCGGAGAUGAACAAAAAAAUGUUAAACAAACAGAAGAGAGCAACAGUAACGUUUUUGUCUUCCAAACAGGAGCAGAUAAAACAGACAAGAAAGUCGAACAAAUUAAAAGGUGCUUGGAACCAUUAGAAGUCUACGAGUUUUGGGAAGGCUAUGGAAUGAGUAUAACACCAAAAGUGGUCAUAAUGGUUGUCGAAGGAACUACAGACUCAAUUUCAAAGGAUGUGCAGUUGAUCAAGUCACUCUUCCCGUCGUGCAAAAUAUUUGUGGUAUAUCCAUACAAGAAAAACAAAGCAACACACUUGAGAGCUAAUGCGGUGAAUAAGGAGUUUGAUCUCCUCACACACAAAGGACAAUUUUCGGAGGAUCAAAAUUUUAGAGUGAUGCUAAAUUACUGUUUCCAAUAG